CGUGCCCGCGCCCGCGCCGUGGGCGAGCAGCGACAGCAACAGCAGCGACGGCCGGCGGCGGCGGCGGCAAACAGACAGUCACCUCACCGCGUCCAUGGGAGCGGACGAGCGGCGGCCGAGGCCGGGGCCGAGCGGGAAUAAGAUGGCGCUGGCGCUGCUGCUGAUGAUCGCGCUGCAGCUUCCCCAGGUCCUGGCUGAGUAUGGGAUGGUCAACGUGCUGUCGGAUAAAGAGCAUGGAAGUGCAAAAGAUUACUGUAUCCAGUUCAACCCCUCCUGGGCAUAUUUACCUCAUGAUCUCAGUAAAGCAUCUCUCUUGCAGGUCCAAGAUUUGACAUCUUCCAUGCUGUGCACACCAUCAGAUGUGCCGCUGCAAGGGUUUAACUACAGAAUUGCGAUGGUGAUGCGUGGGAACUGUACAUUCUAUGAUAAAGUGCGACUUGCACAAAUCAACGGAGCCAAGGGUCUGAUCAUCGUCAGCAGAGAGAGCCUGGUGCCCCCGGGUGGAAAUGGGAGUCAGUACGAGGAGAUUGAUAUCCCAGUUGCUCUCCUCAGUUACGAUGACAUGCUUGAUAUAUCAAAGACGUUUGGGAAAGCAAUCAAAGUGGCGAUGUACGCCCCAAAUGAACCGUUCCUGGACUAUAACAUGGUGGUUAUCUUUGUAAUGGCAGUCGGUACAGUAGCAAUUGGUGGCUACUGGGCAGGAAGCAAAGAUGUGAAGAAGCGAUACAUGAAGCACAAGCACGAUGGAGUGGACAAACAAGAUGAUGAGACUAUUGAUGUGACGCCAAUUAUGAUCUGUAUUUUUGUGGUGAUGUGCUGCUCAAUGCUGGUACUCCUUUACUACUUUUACAAUCAGCUAGUGUACGCAAUUAUAGGAAUUUUCUGCCUUGCUUCCUCCAUUGGACUUUACAGCUGCCUGGCCCCAUUUGUUCAGAAAAUUCCUUUCUGUGAAUGCAGGAUUCCAGAGCUGCCGUGUACUCACAAACGACCCCAAGUGCGGAUGUUACUCCUGGGCAUGUUCUGUGCCUGCGUGAGUUGUGUGUGGGCUGUGUUCAGAAAUGAGGAUAAGUGGGCAUGGAUUUUACAAGACACUCUAGGAAUUGCAUUUUGCCUUUACAUGUUGAAAACAAUCAGACUGCCAACAUUCAAGGCUUGCACAUUACUGCUGGUGGUUCUCUUUGUGUACGAUAUUUUCUUUGUUUUCAUAACUCCGUUUCUCACUCGGAGUGGGGAGAGCAUCAUGGUGGAAGUGGCUGCUGGACCUUCUGAUUUCUCCACUCAUGAGAAGCUCCCAAUGGUAUUGAAGGUGCCUCGGUUGAAUUCCUCGCCUCUGGCGUUGUGUGACAGACCCUUCUCCCUCCUUGGCUUUGGUGAUGUCUUAAUACCAGGAAUGCUGGUGGCAUACUGCCACCGGUUUGAUAUUCAGGUGCAGGCCUCAAGAAUCUACUUCGUAGCGUGCACAGUCGCAUAUGGCGUUGGUCUUCUCAUCACUUUUGUUGCUCUGGCACUAAUGCAGACGGGCCAGCCAGCUCUCCUCUACCUGGUCCCAUGCACUCUGAUCACCAGCAUCUGCGUGGCCUGUUGGCGCAAGGAGGUGGCAAAGUUCUGGAAUGGAAAUGGUUUUGCGACCAGUUCACAAGACGUCGCUACAUAUGUUGCUUCACCACCUCCAACUGCUCCGAAACAGGGGCAGCCGGGAUUAUUGGAUACUGACAACAGUUCACAGACCUGUGACAACUCGUCUCCGACUGCCAGCCACCAUGAAGAGAAAGCCCUGAACACUCCAGCUGGAGGAGCCACUGAUGAAAACGAAGCUGAACCCAGUGAGAACUUUCUGCUGAAAGACAGGACGGGUCAAUGAUAGCGCCGACAAUGUACUUACAACGCAAUUUUUAAAACAUGCUUAAUAUAGUGGGUUUAUAUACAACGAGGUAGAUCGGUAUUGCAGAUGUUAGCUGAAGCGAAUGAUAGAAUGCCUGGUGGGUGGACCUUUAACUGUUACGUUCUCCUCCCAAAUGAUCAUGGGCAGUUGUACUGCCCCAAACGGACCCCACGGCCGGCUGAACAGUGGCCCUACUCAAGCUGCUUGCUUUCUCAAAGCCGACACUACCAAGUACAGAACACCUCGACCUACCUCCCCAAUUCUGAACCUAACCAAACGAUCAUUGUUAAAAAAAAUUGACUGGUCAGAAAACAAAAAUAUUGUCAUUGCCAUGAUCUCCUGACCCCUAAUGCCCCUGUCCCACUUAGGAAACCUGAACGGAAACCUCUGGAGACUUUGCGCCCCACCCAAGGUUUCCGUGCGGUUCCCGGAGGUUGCAGGUGGUUGCCGGAGGUUGCAGGUAGUGGAAGCAGGUAGGGAGACUGACAAAAACCUCCGGGAACCGCAUGGAAAUCUUGGGUGGGACGCAAAGUCACUAGAGGUUUCCGUUCAGGUUUCCUAAGUGGGACAGGGGCAUAAGGAAUAAACUCCCGUUCCAGCAUCUUUGGUGCAGACCUGCUAGUCAUUGAACAAAUCCUCAUGUAAAUUUAGUCCUUCUGGACGUAAACAAUGAACCGCUGAACCAUUAACAGGAAUGCAAGGUAGAGGAAUCUCUCCAGCUUUAUUAGGGUGCUUACUAAAGAUAGCCACAUAAUGGUAGGGAAGUCUGCAGGUAACAAUGUCUCCUCCUGAAUUAAGAAUUUCUAGCUGGCAUCUCAUUUAGAAAGAGGUGCAUGUGGUAAUCACUGAACUAUUUGUUGGGUAGAUGGUGAGUCUGGAGUUUAGUAGUGGCUGAGGGUAGACAAGAAUGCUGGAGAAACUCAGCGGGUGCAGCAGCAUCUAUGGAGCGAAGGAAAUAGGCAACGUUUCGGGCCGAAACCCAAAGGAAAUAGGCAACGUUUCGGGCCGAAACCCAAAGGAAAUAGGCAACGUUUCGGGCCGAAACCAAAAGGAAAUAGGCAACGUUUCGGGUCGAAACCCGGAGGGUUUCGGCCCAAAACGUUGCCUAUUUCCUUCGCUCCUUAGAUUUUCUCUCCAGAGUUUCUCCAGCAGUUGCAGUUCCUUCUUAAACAUAGUAGUGGCUGGUAUGAUCGCUUAAUUUAAUUAAAUAGACAUCAGCGUUGGGGCUAUGCAUGAUGACACAGUCACAGUAGGAAUGUACAGAACCAGCAAGGCCACUUCGGCCCGUCUUAUCAAAGUGCAUCAACAGAACCACACACAAUUUGCAGCACAAUGCAUUUGUAGAAUCAAAUCUGAUAAAUUACCGUUCGUUUCCACACAGUUUCAUCGCAAUAUCUCCCCCCCCCCACCCCCAUCUUUUAUUCAUCUUCCCGUGGGUUCUUGCUGAUUACUGAUCGAGAGACUUUACACCCAGUAACUACCGACAACAUGAGCAUAUUUCAUCCACUUUGAAUGGCCAAUCGAUUAAUUUGAGACUGAUUCCAGAUGCAAUAGUUGGGGGGAAAACUAUCUUCUCAUCUAUUUUGUUGACCCCUAAGAAUUGUAACUGUUUCAAUAAGAUCAUGUUACUAUUUUAGGCAUUGCCUGAAUACUGACUGGAGGUCUGGCUGACAUUACCCCUCCUGUCAUUUUGAACACUAUCGAUAUAAUUUCAAACACUAUAGAUAUAAUUUCAAACACUAUAGAUAUAAUUUCAAACACUAUAGAUCUAAUUUCGAACACUAUAUCCUGCCUGCUGCUUAUUUUAAGGGUAUCAUAUCUGGUGUGUCGUAUUUUUAACAAGAAAUGCAAACUAGAAAUGUUAUGUUUCGUUUGGGCAGCUUGGACCCCAGUGGUAUGAAUAUUGACUUCUCUAACUCCAAGUAACCCUUGCUUUCUCUCUCUCGCCAUCCCUCCUCCUUCCUAGUUCUCCGACCAGUCUGACUGUCCCCUGAUUAAAUAAUAUCUCUGUAUGAUUCUUCUCGCUAACAAUGAUCUUUUCUACAUUUUCUUUGAACAGCAUCCCCUUUGAUAUAUGGUCUAUCAUAAGAUAUAUGAUAAAUCCCCUUUGAUGUCUCUUUUUCACACCUUGCCCUUCCUUAUCUCUGUGUCUCCCUCUCCCCUGACUCUCAGUCGGCAGAAAGGUCUCGACCUGAAACGGCACCCAUUCCUUCUAUCCAGAGAUGCUGCCUGUCCCGCUGAGUUACUCCAGCAUUUUGUGUCUAUCUUCGGUGUAAACCAGCACCUGCAGUUCCUUCCUACACAUUUUAUGUUUGCAACUAUUGUUAAAAAUGGCACAAAUUUUGUUGGAUGAUUUCAGAUUCAAAUGAACCUACAUGCUUGAUAUGUACGGGUGUCAAGGGUUAGGGGGAGAAGGCAGGAGAAUGGGGUUGAAGAGGGAAAGAUAGAUCAGCCAUGACUCGAUGGGCUGAAAGGCCUCAUUCUGCUCCUAUAACUAUGAACUUAAGGCACAUUGCUUCCUAAUGUUAGUUAGGGUCACAACAAAAUCUUGUAACAUGAAAUUAAUUUGGCCCUAGCUCUUUGAGAGAGGCAUUAGAUUUAUUUGUACAGGUAUCCUCCAAACCUUCCAAAUUAGUAUAAAAAAAUGUGCUGGAGUAACUCAUAUUAGUGGUUUGUCAAUGAGAUCCCCUCUCUAUGAAAGUCCAGUGAGUACAAGCAUAGCUUACUCAGUUCUCAUAGAAAAGGGUCAUUAUUGGACAUAGUCUAGACUGUAGCGAUUCUCGUGCAAGAUGGACACAAAAUGCUGGAGUAACUCAGCGGGACAGGCAGCAUCUCUGGAGAGAAGGAAUGGGGGACAUUUCGGGUCCAGACCCAUCUUCAGACUCGUCAGAGAGAGGGUCUCGACCCGAAACGUCGCCCAUUCCUUCUCUCCAGAGAUGCUGCCCGUCCCGCUGAGUUACUCCAGCAUUUUGUGUCUACGGCGUAAACCAGCAUCUGCAGUUCCUUCACACCUGAAGCUCGUGCAUCUACAUUCUCCUUCGCCUUUUGCAGUCCAGCAAGCCUGCUUUACUCUCGUGUUCCAAAGUCUGUCGGUAGAGACCAGCUUUCCAAAUCGUUUGUCCGACAUGCUCUGUCCUACCUCCCGUGGAACCACGCAUCGAUCGAUCCCUCUGCAGCCAACAGGUUAGACUGACGAGCCUCAUUUCAGUAAGUGGAACAACUUUCAUUCCAACUUUAAACUGUUCCGGGCCGUUGAACCCUGGUCUAUGUGGCAGUAAAGUGGGUGACGUUUCAUUAGUUUGGAUGUAUUUCAUUAUCUGAGGGUUGGUGGCAGUUCUGAUGUUUCACUUGUCCACUUGCACUUGAAUAUGUUUGUCGUUGUCACACAAUAAUCUCUGAGACUACCAAGAGGUUUCUGAAUAUCAUGAAACAUUCUUAAACCUUUUUAACCGAUGGAAUGACAUUUCUAAAUCCUUGCAGUUAUCAACAGUUUCUUUGGGUAAAAUAUCAGGAAGGAAAAGCAUGUGCAGGGCACAAAAGAUGAAUCAUGUUUUCCAAUCUAUUUAAUACAACUGUUAUCACAAACACAUGCAACUAAUCACACCUGCCACCUCUGCCCAGCGGACUGUGAAAGGUGGCAGUGUCGUCCACCAGCCAGCAAACAAGGAAUAUUCCUUUUAGAUUCUGUAUUAUCUUUUUUCUUUUCUCUAUAUGUGGUGCUUUAUAUGAAGUAAUAUCUUAAAAAAUGGAUUGAAGAUUAAAAAAUGUGGCUUUAAUUUCUUUAUUUGAAAAUUGUGCAAUAUGAAGGUCAAAUCUCUCAACAUAGCAGUCCCUCCAACAAAAACACCAAAUAGGGCCAAAAACAGCCCACAUUGAACUUCCCUGAUGAGUAAACAAGAGUUGGGUAGAAGUGCGUUAAUCAUUUAUCACAGGUUAAUGGCUGAUUGAUUGGACCGAGGGCUUUUAUUUAUUUUCUCCCUCAAUAAAUCUGCUUAACAUACCAAUGGUACUGAUUCCAAUAAGAUGUAUUCUGUUUUCCAUUAUUCUUUAAAACAAAAAUCAUGUUGAGUUGUGGAUUAUGAUUUCCAAAUAAAGUUUUUAUAGUUUAAA